GCCCUCAGGCCCCGCAGGAGGGUGGGGCCUGAAUCUGUUCUGAGGGGCCCCCGUCCUGGUGCCCCCAUGCCCGUAGCCCAUGGCCGCACCCGGUUCAUCCACCGUCGUGGACCCCCGACACGAGCCCAAGCCUCCACCAAGAGAAGCAAGAGAACCAGGCCACACCCUUGUCACACUCGAUCCCCAGGCUGGGCUCAUGAGAGAUCAAUGGGUAGCAGACGAGAGGAGGGGCUCCUGCGUCAGCUGAGCCAGUUGGACCAUGAUGCAGAACUCCUGGAGGAUGCUGAUGCCACCAGGCCCCUGGCCGCGCCCCUGGAGGAGAAGCUGCUGGAGGGGGAGAAGCAGUCACCCAGUGCCGGGCAGGGCCCCUUCUUCUACAUCGGGGGCACCAAUGGGGCCUCCAUAAUCAGCGCCUACUGCAGGAGCAAAGGGUGGCAUCGCACCCAGGACAGCCGGCGGGAGGACUACAAGCUCAAGUGGUGCGAGGUCAAGAGCCGGGACACUUACUGCAGCUUCCGGGAAGGUGAACAGCUCCUCUACCAGCUCCCCAACAACAAGCUUCUCACCACCAAGAUUGGGCUGCUCAGUGCGCUGAGGGAGUACUCGCGGGUCAUGAACAAGAUCAACAAGACGUCUCUGUCCACCCAAGACAAGAUUCUGAGAAUGGAAGAGUUUUUCCCAGAGACCUACCGCCUGGACAUCAGGGAUGAGCGAGAGGCCUUCUUUGCCCUGUUUGAUGAGACCCAAACCUGGAUUUGCAAGCCCACAGCCUCCAACCAGGGCAAGGGCAUCUUCCUGCUCAGGAACCAGGAGGCGGUCGCUGCCCUCCAGGCCAAGACACAGAGCAUCGAGGACGACCCUGUCUACCGCAAGAUGCCAUUCCGGGUGCCUCAGGCGCGGAUCGUGCAGAGGUACAUCGGGAACCCACUGCUGCUGGAUGGGAAGAAGUUCGAUGUGCGCUCGUACCUGCUCAUUGCCUGUGCCAUGCCCUACAUGGUCUUCUUUGGCCACGGAUACGUCCGCCUCACCCUCGGGCUCUACAACCUUCACUCCAACGACCUCAGUGGCCACUUGACCAACCAGUUCAUGCAGAAGAAGAGCCCCCUGUACGUGCUGCUCAAGGAGGACACGGUGUGGAGCAUGGAGCACCUCAAUCGCUACAUCAACGACAAGUUUAGGAAAACCAAGGGCCUCCCCAGAGACUGGGUCUUCACCACCUUCACGAAGCGGAUGCAGCAGAUCAUGGCCCACUGCUUCCUGGCCGUCAAAUCCAAACUGGAGUGCAAGCUGGGCUACUUCGACCUCAUUGGCUGUGACUUCCUGAUCGAUGAGAACUUCAAGGUGUGGCUGCUGGAGAUGAACUCCAACCCUGCUCUGCACACCAACUGUGAGGUCCUGAAGGAGGUGAUCCCGGGCGUGGUCGUGGAGACCCUGGACUUGGCGCUGGAGACCUUCCAGAAGAGCCUGCGCAACCAGAAGAUGCUGCCCCUGCUGUCGCAGCGCCGCUUUGUGCUUCUUCACAACGGCGAGACGGACCUGUGGCCGCGCCUGGGUGGUUCGCGCCUGGCCUGCCGCCCCCCGCCCGCGCCGUCGGGGCCCAGGCUACUUUGUUACAAAUGCGGCUCCUUAGCGGGUCAGGCCGAGCCCCGCCGCCCCCCGCCCCCGCCACGCGCCCUGGGGGGUCCCCGGGCCGACGCCCCUCCGCUGCUGGGUCUCCGAGGAACUCGGGUUGGGGUGGGGGGAAUUUUGGCAGCCAGCGCCUACGCCGCAGAGAGAUUCACAGCCCAAGACGCAGACCUGGAGACCGCGGCUCUUGGGUCCACUCCCAGCUCCCGCACCCGCCGCCUACACUCGCGUCACCGGCGCCCAGCCCCACCUCUCCAACUUCCCCCUCCUCCUGACCCGCUUACUGCCCUGCCUUUCGAGGCGGGGCUGUCGCCGGCCCUGCCCCCACCAAGCUCCAAGGUGCCCCAUGCCCACAAGGCGACUGCCUGGGAGAGGCGGACAGAAGACGGUGUCCAGACGCAGGAACUCUCCAAGAGGGAAUCCUGGGGACUGGAGAAACGCAGAGCAUUGCCUUCCACCAAAGAAGACGUGGGUGGGAUCUAG